CAUUCUUUGCGGCAGGGCUUCAGUUCUUCCACGGCUCAGCGGACUAACUCCCAGUCUUCAGUCUGAUCUACAUACAACUGCUGUGCAAGUCUGUGCCGCUGCUGCUGCUGCUGCUGCUGCUGCUGCUGCUGCUGCUGAUUGUUGCUCCUUAAAGGAAACAACCUUUUUCUUCUGCCGGCUGAAGAUCCCCGGAGCUGGGCCACAAAAUGGAGUCUGCUACAGUGGAGCUGCCGUCCCUGUUGUCCAAUCACUCAUCAGAGCCCUGCGCGGCGGUGACGUCGACCGCCGAGAACACUUUGUUCGGAUGCUUCUACAUCCUGGUUUUCUUCCUGGCGCUGAACGGUAACAGCUUGGCUCUCUGGAUCUUCUGUCAUCAGCGCGGCACUUCUUCUCCAGCUAACGUCUUCUUGAUACACCUGGCUGUGGCGGACUUGUCGUACGUGGUCAUCCUCCCACUGAGAGCCACCUACCACCUCACCGGCGGCCACUGGCCCUUUGGCGAGGUUCCCUGCAGAGUGGUUGGCUUUCUGUUUUACGUCAACAUGUACGCGAGCCUGUACUUCCUGGCCUGUGUGGCGGCCGACCGCUACCUGGCCGUGGUUCAUGCUGUGAGGUCGCUGAAGGUCCGCCGCGCUCGGUACGCUCACAUCAUCAGCUUCUCUCUCUGGGCCCUGGUCACCGUCUCCAUGGCGCCGUUGCUAGUCGCCCACCAGACUGCAGAGGUGGACGGUGUGACAGUGUGUCUGCAGCUCUACAGAGAGAAGGCCUCACGUAACGCCUUGAUCUCACUGGCUGUGGCCUUCACCCCGCCGUUCCUCGCCAUCCUGUCCUGCUACCUGCUCAUCAUCCACAGCCUGCAUCGGGGCUCCAGGCUAGAGCCGGCCGUGAAGCUUCGGGCCCUGCGGACCAUCAGUCUGGUGAUUCUCAUCUACGUGGUCUGUUUCCUGCCUUAUCACGUGAGCAGGGCCACCUUCAUCCUCGGGUACAGCCACCCCGACGUGUCCUGCCAGACACGCAGAGGCCUGAGCUUGGCCAACCGCCUCACCUCCUCCCUCACGUGUCUGAACGGUGCGAUGGACCCGCUCGUCUACGUGUUUGGGGCCAAGAAGUUCCGCGGGACUCUAAUGCAAAUGUUUUGCAGGGAUAAGGCGGGAAUGUCAGGAGCCACGAGUGGAGAGCUAAAGGGAACACAUGAGAUUUCUAUGAGUGCCAAGUCUGAGUUCUGAUGAGUCAUGACUCAAUCCGGAGCUCUGAGUGAACUCAUUGUUUUCCCAACACAACCAAAAUUGGUCUGACUGUUGAUCGGCUGUCGCCUUCGCUGAGGCUCAUUCCACAAAUGUGCCACAGUCGUCCCCUUGGCUUGAAUUUAAAGCCCAGUUCAAAUGUCCAGCCCACGACCGACUCACCGAACCAUCACAGGCUUUAAACUCAAAUCAUCUGUGUGAAUGCAGCAGGGGUUCAAACUCUCCAAGGACCCACAUGAGGAACGAGCUCUGUGUUAAGUGUUGGUCAUACUCCAUAUUUAAAUUAACUGAAUCAAAUAGUAAAGCAAAAAUAGUACUUUUAGACCAAAUCAACAUAUUAGGAGGUCAGUGUUGCACCGUAACAAGACAAACGGGUCGUGUUGGUUAGUGUGUUUACACUUCCUGGAAAGUUCAUUCGCACCAAACCCAUGUUUUGUUUCUGUUUUCGUGCUUCUACAAUCCCACUCAUCGCUGUCUCAGUGUCAUGCACUGUGGUUGCAAAACUUAUCGUUAAUGAGCAUAAAAAGGUUCAGAGAGUCAACCAGAAGAACCCCUCAACACUCAACACAGAUUAUAUAAUGCAAUAGCCCUGAGUCUUCGUGCAUCAAAGUCUGUGAGUCUUUAAAGCUGGACGUUGGAACUGGGCCUAAACGUUGCUCUACUGAUUCUGCUCACCACCUGCUGCCGUCAACGGUCUUUAUCCACCAACAGAAAAGUCUGUGUCUAAAAAAGAAAGGGCUGAAUUUUUGUGUCAGAUAUGAGGCUGAAAACUGAACAAAAAUCAUUAAAUAUGUACAUAGUCAACUUUUAAUAUGUUUUCCUGUUUUGUAUCCUUUGCCAAAUGUGGUAAAGAGUCAUUAGUUAGCUUUAAAUAUUAUUUUUUUUACAUACAGUGUUUGUCGGUCAGUCGGUCCACGACUUUAGUCCAGACUGAAAACCGUCAGUACUUUGGUUUGAGACCUGCAACACAUUGUGUUCAGCUCUUAUUAACAAAUGUGAGCAUGCUAAUGUGCUGAACACUGCUAACAUACUUGCUAAACAUGAGCAUGUUAGCAUUGUUACUGAAUGCUAGCAUGCUGUUGUUAGCAUUUAGCUCAAAGCACAGCUGUUCCAGUCAUGCUAGCAGCCUCACAGAGCUGGAAACUCUUAGUCUUGUCUUCAUACAAUGUGUAUUUUUUAAAAUCUUUUUAAAAUCUACUCACAAAUGUAUAUAUUUUCCUUUGCUGUUUUAAAUAUGCUGGAAGACCCCAGUGACAUGUUAGCUUUGCUUCUGCUCGACAAAUCUUCACUGUACAUAUAUUCUCCAUCAUCCGGCUUCCAAACUCUCCCCUCUGCGUUUAUUGUUUUGCCCAUGCUGUACUAUGAUAUUGCACUAUUGCAUGACAAACUAUUAAUCCCUGUUGUGCUGUGAGUCAUUGUAGCUAACCGUCAUCUGCAAAAAAAAAAGUCAUGUUUGAGACAGAAAGUUGUUAUUGUUACAAAAUCACUCUUGAUGCUGACCUUCAGUAUAUGACAAUAACUGACUCACAUUUUAUUCUGUCUUUUGUUUUUGUACCGAUAACGCCUGCUCUUAUAUAAAAACAAUGUGAACCACA